AUGAGCCGCUACGAGCACGUCAUAGAGGUGUUAACAGCUCAGGCCUUGGCGCAGCAAGACGAGAUCAAUCAACUGAGGGCCAUCCUUACUGGGUCGGUUGGUCUUCCCGCCGCAGACGUGGCUGGAGAGGGUCGUGGGGAACAAUUAUCGUCUGAGGGGCAUGCUCUGAGACGGCAUGAAUGCGCGAAGGCAGUUGUUGAGAGCAACUCACCAAAUACCUUGAGGAAAUGUAACAACAGGCACAGCCUGCCAAAGGGCUGGCGGCGCCGUGUGGAGGACUAUACAGUACAGCUGCUGGAGGCGUACAUGCGGUACAUGGAUGAAUGUUUGGCGCAGGGGUUGGUGGAGCGGCUUCGGCGUGUCACCCGCAAGCACGUGAUACGCUCUUUGGAUAAGGAGAUUUCUCGUGUCAUGCAGGAACGUCAGCGGCUUCUGCAGGACCGACGCAUAUUAUUGCGACAAGCACUUGAUGCGGAUAACCACCAACACCAUCGCAUGUGUUCUUCCUCUGUGCGGUUGAAAGAAAAAGAGAGUAGGGUGAGUGUGGACCAUAUCAUUCCCGCAUCACGGGCUUGGCCGAAAGAAAGAGAUGCCUCACAUGUAAUUUCAGUGAUGGCAAAGGAAGACGCCAGACGAUGUGGAUCCUUCAGGAAUUCUCCUCUGAGGCAGCGGGAAGUGGACCUCGGCCGCACUACCGAGAUGAGGCCGUGCAUUUCUUCCCUUGCCACUGAUUCAUCCGUUUCAGGGUCAGGUGCAUCGUAUCUGCGCCAGCUGGACCACACGCUGUUGGAGCAACUCCGGCGUAAGGUCCUGGUACUAGAGAAACGCCUCGCCGCGGCCUCCUCCUCAGAUUUCUGCGGAAACGAGCCGUCGUCGUCACCGCCGCCCCCGGUAGAAACGACACAUGACUGCAUGGGAAACUCUGGUGAAGGCUUCUCCUCGUGCCCCCCGACCAACUCCAGCAGUGUGAUUAACGCAAGCGAUGACAUAGAGCUCCUUCUGAACGUCUUCGAAGGGCUCCAACCCGCCAACGCCGUUCAGAAACUGGUCUUGUGA